UGUUGCUUCUAUGUACUGUACUACUGUGCUGCGGCUGCGGCUGGCUCUUCUUUCACCAAUGCACUGACACCAACCGACAUUCGUCUCUUCUGCUGCAUAACUCCCAAACAAAGCACCAACUCAGACAUUUUCCUUUGUCUUGGAAAACAUUGAUUUGCGCAUAGCGGCUUGGAACAUGUCAACCUCCUACGGAUCCUCCAGGCGAUAUAUUUCACCUCAGCGAUCACGCCCAGACACUUCGCACAGACAUGACCACUACGAUGCCACGAGUCGAGACGACCGAUAUGAUUCGCGAUAUCGACAACAACAUCCUAGCAACUCUCAUCACCACCAUCACAUAAGCUCGUCGAACGCCUACGAGUCGGAAGCUGCAUCACGGCGCGAGCCAAGGCGGAGACGGAGUUGGCCGCCGCAGCCAUAUGUGGAAGACGAGGAAGAUGUUGUACACCGGGAGACUGGCUGGUCAAAGCGAAGGGUACGACAACACUUGAGAACUCCGGUCCCAUUCCGAGGGUCAAUAGAUCAAGAAUCUGUCCUAGAAUAUGCCCUACCACCGCCACAAGCAUCCAGCAAAGCGAGCACUGACUCGAGAGCGUCACGUUCGGACACAAACAAAACCUCCUCGACAUCGCACAGCGAAGACGAGCGGACCCGCCGGCGUCAACAGGAGCAGCAGCAGCAGCCGUCACAAAAGCCUCCAAUAAAUCUAUCGGAUGUCGUACCCGAAAUGCGCGAUCGGCGAUCAUCUCCUUAUACAUUCAGCAAGAAAGCUCAGCCCGAUACAAACAUUCUCGACCUGGAGCGGACUCGAUCGCCAGAAGCAAUUGUGUAUGCUAGUGACGCAUCCAAAAGGCCGGUCAUACGUUCUGGUCUAGGAACGGAAUCGCGACCAAUUCCUCCCGAGCCCUUGCAAAGAGCUCAUUCGACGAAAGACGAGCGAUAUCGCGGCAACCACACACAACUAUCUGACCCGGCCUACGGCAGCAGUGCGCAAUACCAACAACAACGUACGAGUGAUAAGAGCAGUGGUGAUUACCACAAACCACGGGACAGUGUAUUCGAUUCCUCCGACGCCAGGCAGUUGCCCAUUCGGGUCGAUCGUGACAAACACGACGCGAACGAAAAUUUACAACGUCAGCACGCACCCUCUCAACCCGUCAGAUCGAAUACGUCUGAUCAAGAUGCUGAGCGGAAUCGAAAUAAUGAGUUCCUCAGGAAAACGGAGAGUCUUCCUCAGCGUACCUUUGGUCUCGCAGCCGGAAGUGCAGUGUUUGCAUCGAUGAAUGAUGCGCAAAUUGAACCACACCGUCAUGCCCAUGGGGGAUUGCGCUCUAGAACUCCAGAAAUCUCCAACCCGCAUACUAAGAAGACGCCCCCUCGGUCGCCUAGAGCGAGUGGUGAUUUCUCAUCAGGUCGGUCAGCGACAGGGUCCUUAAACUCAUCGCAGUUGAGAUCUCGAGCCCCUUCGCCGGCUCUGAUCACCAAUUCCCACAUGAUCACGAGCAUGCCAUAUGUCGAAUUCGACCAGGACCCCCUACUAGCCAAUUUGUUUCCAGCGGCUCCAGAUUUACCAUAUGACCCAAUUCCCGGAAAUGCCAUCGGAGCCAGAGCUGGAGUGGCAGCCGGAAACUGGUUAUAUCGCUCGAUCUUCAGAAUUUGUGGAAUCGGAUGCGAAUCGUCUUUCCCGUGUUCAAACAGGUCCCGCAGCAACCUUUCCCCAUACUCAUUCUUUAGCGCCCAAUCCACCUUCACUGUACAGAACAACAUCUGCUGCUACUGUGACUCCACCGAUGAAUAGGACCACUUCGUAUGCGAAUGACUACGGUCGAGCUGAAGGAUACCAUUCAACGGCAAGCAGCGUUUCAUUCGUUCAACAGGACGACCGGAACACCGUCCCGCCAUCUCGCCGAGCAGAACCAAGGCAAGACGCUGGCGAAGGUGCUUCCCGACUUGAGAGGCUGGCGAGAGAUGCGAGACUCAAUCCGCCCCACUGCCCGAGGGAAUAUCACG